UCAUCUCAACUCAUCAUGACAUCGACAUCAAGAGGAGCCCAUGAAACGGACAAACUAAAAGCUAAUUAGGAAGAGUAAUUGGAAAGGCUAAUCACUCAAUUGUCUGAUCUGGAGGAAUGUCGGGAAGAACUCGAUGAUGAGGAAUACGAAGAGACCCGAAGUCAAACACUGGAACAAUUAAAAGAAUUCAAUGAUUACCUCAACGAUAUUGUCUCUGGAAACAUCACCUUAGUUGACCAACUGGGAGCAUAUCAAUUGGCUAUUCAAGCAGCAAUCAGUAGUGCUUUUAAAACACCCGAAGUCAUCAGAAUGUUUGCUCGUAAGCAACCCGAUCAAUUGAGAAUCAAAUUAUCAGAGCUUGAAAGGCAAUUCGAAACUGGUAAAUUACCUCGAAAUGAUUUCGAUGAAAAAAGAUGUGAAAUUUUGUUGGCGUUAAGAAAAUUGGGCGAAAACCUUGCAACAGAUCAAAUGUAAAUAAUAGAAAGACAUUCGUCAAUCGCAAUGAAAGAUUUUCAAAAAGUCG